GGUAAGAAGGGAAAGGAAAGACCGGUUUGGGCUUUUAAGCUUCAGAACCUUGGGACCGGACUUCAGCACUUCACACUCUCGCUGGCUGUAGCUUCUUGUAAAUUGUAACUUGUAAGCCUGUAACCUGUAAGAGAGAGAGAGAGAGAGAGAGAGAGAGAGUGUGUGUGCGCUCUUAUGUAAGAGUAGAGAAGAUGGAUGGCAAUGCCGAAGAAGGCAGCCAAGGGACCGUUACAUGGUAAGCUGACCCUGAGAUGAAGGCUGGGCUUUAACGUGCGCCUGCAAAGCCUCUGUUGCGUUAAUGUACCAGAUUUGACGCGUUGGCUUUUCGCCGGGAAACCGCUUUUAGUACGAUAGCGGUUUCAGGCGACAAUAAAGACAGAAGCAAAAACAACAAAGAAAAAGGGUGAAAAACAAGGUUCAGAAACUGAAAGAUUUUUUUUUUUUUUUCUCUUCCCCGGUUUUCCGGUGCGGCGAGUUAAGGAGCUCUAAAGCGGCAUGGAUGAAACUGGAAUCGUUAGGCAACCGGGACACUUGGACCCUCGAGCGCAAGAGUUCCGACCGAGAAAUAUUCCUUCUCCACAAAACCAGGUUGCCCUCCUUCACCCGCAAAUUUACUACCCAAGCCCUUCUUCAUACCCGUCUACAGGAGUUCAAGCGAUGCCUUUCUAUGAUGGGGGGAUAGGUUACCAUUCAGCCCCUCUAGUGGCGUACCCUAGACCCAGCAGUGUAAAUCCACCUCAACCACCACCAUCGCUGCUGCCGCCGCCUUCAGCCACGGUUACGAGAGCGUUGCUUCUAAGCUCUGUGCCAACGGACGUUAAUGAGACGACGCUGAGGAGAGAGGUAGAGGUGUUUGGUGUGGUGAGAGCGGUUCAGAUGGAGAGGUUACAGGAGGGAAUCGUCACGGUUCAUUUCUAUGAUUCAAGACAUGCACAGGCAGCGAUGAUGGAGAUACGAGAGCAGCACAUGCAGCAGCAAAGUAGGUUGCGACAAUACUACAACUCGUUGUUGAACCAGAAUUUAUGGAUUGAUGUGGAGAAUUCGGCGGCCCCGAUGCCUCCACCCGCGCGUGGGCUCAUUGCUGGCCGAGCUGUUUGGGCACAGUUUACUGUGCCGACGCCAACCAUUGGUCCGGACGGGCAAAAUCAAGGGACCCUGGUGGUCUUCAACUUGGAUUCGGGAGUUUCAGCAAGCAACCUUAAAGAAAUUUUCGAAGCUUUUGGGCCUGUGAAGGAAUUGAGAGAGACGCCGUCAAAACGGCAUCAGAGGUUCGUGGAAUUCUUUGAUGUUAGAGAUGCAGCUAGAGCUCUUUCAGAAAUGAACGGAAGGGAAAUCGGCGGCAAGAAUAUAGUAAUUGAAUUUAGUCGUCCUGGUGGUCAUGGAAGAAGGUUAUUGAACGCUGCUGCUACCAGCGCCACCAGCAACAUCAACAAAACCACCACCGCUUCUGAUGUUAACAGAAGCAGCUACCAAACAAUGAGUACUGGGAAUUACUCUCAAGCAUCAGCACCUCCAUCACUGCCUCCUAGAUUUUUGGGCCAGUCAACCUCCGAUUCCUCUCUAACCCAGCCUUCUCAAACUCAACACCCGAAUAAGAAACCUGGUUUUACUAGGAAGAAUAUUGCUAAUUGGAACAGCAACUCGAGAUCAAAUUAUGGAGCUCCAGAAGCCGUAGCAGGUCUCAUGGGUUCGUUGUCUCUUAGUGUUGUUGGCAAUGAGAGUGAAGGUGACGAGGAUCGUAGUGGGUCGUCGAGGAGAAGGACUAGGAAGAGCAGCGGCAGCGGCAGCAAUAGCAAUACCAGCAACAAAGGCAACAACAGUAUCUCUUCAGCAGCUACGAAGCUGCCGAAAAGUCGGUCAUGGAAGGGCAGACAGAAGAACUCGGAUGUUCAUUUCUUGAUCAACGAGGAUGCAAUGAUUGACUCCGAUUGCAGAGAUACCAGAACCACUGUCAUGAUCAAGAACAUACCGAACAAGUACAGUCAGAAGCUGCUAUUGAACAUGCUGGACAACCACUGCAUAAACUGCAACGAGCAGAUUGGCGACGGCGAUGAUCAGCCCUUAUCUUCCUAUGAUUUCGUUUAUCUUCCCAUUGAUUUCAGUAACAAGUGCAAUGUUGGAUAUGGGUUCGUGAACCUAACGUCUCCCCAGGCGACAUGGAGGCUCUACAAGGCUUUCCACUUGCAACCAUGGGAAGUCUUCAACUCCAAAAAAAUCUGUGAAGUCACUUAUGCUCGGUUGCAGGGCUUGGAGACACUAAAAGAGCAUUUCAAAAACUCAAAGUUCGCAUGCGAGACAGAUGACUACCUCCCUGUGGUGUUUUCUCCGCCUCGAGACGGGAAGAACUUGACUGAGCCCAUACCCAUUGGUGCUCACUCCAGCGCAACUACCAACAAAAGACUGGGUCAUGCCAGCGGAGAUGAUACGAGGGAGGAGGAGGAUGAUAUUAACAUAGACGGUGAUGGAGAUAAUAGGGUAGAUGUGUACGAGGAGGAAGGUGGCACCAACUCAAACCGCAUUGCAGAUAAUAAUGAUAGCUACGAUAUUGACGACGAUGUUUGUGGUAACAGUGGCGUUGAACCGGAAGUUUGUUUUAAUUCCACCGACGGGAGCACUGUUACCUGUACCAGUGCAAUGGGUACUACUACUACUACUACAUCGCCCAAUGGGUGCUUGAGCACCGAGCCUCAGCUGCAGCAGCCCAAGGCUCUGAGUAUGAGUCGCGCUCAGGUCAGCUAGUUUCCUUUUUUUUUUUUUCCUUUAUUUCAUUCUGUUUCUCUCUCUCUCUCUGGUCUUCUAUACAUGGUUUUAUUCAUCUUGUAAUUCCGAAAAGAAAAACAAAAAUACAUGAAAUUUACAAACAUCGAGGAUUUUUGAAUGGUGGUUUACACAUUGGAAAUAUGGAAGUAUCUUUUCUUC